AUGUUCUCAGUCAUCAGUUUCUUCUUGUUUGUCUCGGCUGUUUCAGCUUUGCCAAUUCUUCAAGAUUCAACAAUCGAUGGAUAUGCAAUUGAUAUCAAUGAACCAUUGAGUAAUGGAACCUUGAUCAAUGUUCGCCUCGAUAGAUAUUCAACAAUCUAUAUCCGAUCCUUCAAUUAUAAUACAUCUUCAUUCGAUCAAAACAUGAUUGAUACCAUCAGAAAUGCUCUUGUUUAUCGUCUUCGUGUUGAACUUUAUAUGACACCAAAUCAAUUCAGCAAUGUUAGUGGAACUGAUCAAGUUGAAGAUGUUUACAAUAAUUUGAAAUCCAAUUCGAUCCCAAUCGGUGGAUUGUUUUUGCGUGUUCAAUCUGGAAUGUAUUCCUACAACACAACUGCCAAUGCUGAAUUCAUCGAUUCAUCUGUUCACAGAGCUAAGGUUUGUUCAACAAAAUUUGAAAUCUAUAUCAUCAUCAUAAUUUUUAGCAACUCGGUUUCCAAGUUGGAAUCUUUACAAAUGCCGAAGAAUGGAAAUCUGUUACAAACAAUUAUUCAGGACUUGAUUCAGAUGUUCGAUUGUGGUAUUGGGCAAAUAAUGGAAAUGGAGUAACUGGAGAAACUACUCACUCAUUCAAUGAUUUCAAAAGAUUCGGAAACUGGAACGAACCAAAUGUCAAACAAUUCGGAGUUAAUGAAACUGUUUCUGGAGCUGAUCAAAUCAACCGGUAA